ACUUAUGGCGCUUUUUUCUUCCGUUCUUUCUCUCUUCUCAGCGUCUCAUCCAGUACCUGGCCUCUAGAAACACCCUCUUCAACUUGAACAACUUCUUGGACAAAGGUGCUUUGCAAGGUUAUGACAUGUCUACGUUCAUCCGUCGGUACAGCCGCUAUCUGAAUGAAAAGGCCAUGUCUUACAGGCUGGUGGCUGUGGACUUUACCAAGAUGAAGAGAGGGAUUGACGGUGUGAUGCGUACCAUGAGCAUAGAGAAGCUCAUAAAGACCCUUCCUAUUAUCCAGAACCAACUAGACGCACUGCUAGACUUCCAGGCCAACCCCAAUGAGUUAACUAACGGGGUGAUCAACUCAGCCUUCAUGCUGUUGUUCAAGGACUCCAUCCGUCUGUUUGCUGCCUACAACGAGGGCGUCAUCAACUUACUGGAGAAAUAUUUUGAUAUGAAGAAGGGUCAGUGUAAAGACGCAUUGGACAUCUAUAAGAAGUUCCUUUACAGGAUGACCAAGCUGUCAGAGUUUCUCAAAGUAGCAGAGGUACACACAGGCAUGCACGUGGACACGGGCGCACAUGCUCAACACAAUGCCCCGUAAUGACUUUAUCACAUUUACAUAAAUUACCAGUCAAAUGUUUGGACACUUACUCAUCAGUUGUUGUGACAAGGUAGGGGUGGUAUACAGAAGAUGGCCCCAUU